UCAACAGGCAUAAUUCAUUCCGACGCCACCUGCCUCGUCAGAUGAAUGUCACCAGCGUUGACUUCAGCAUGGAUGCAGUACCUCUUCGCCAGUCUUCUACAGCAAGCAUUGGAAGAAUAAAACCUGAACUCUACAAGCAGAAGUCUGUGGACAUGGCAGAUGAGGCUGGCCAGCUCGUAGAGACUUGUGGAAAGCUCAGCUUCUCUCUGUGUUACAACUAUGAGGAUCACGCCUUGGUGGUGAGAAUCCUCAAGGCCUUGGACCUUCCUGCCAAAGACUUCACGGGCACAUCUGACCCAUACGUGAAGAUCUACCUGCUACCAGAGAGGAAGAAGAAGUUCCAGACACGAGUGCAGCGCAAGAAUUUGAACCCUAUGUUUGAUGAGACCUUCUGUUUCCCUGUAGCCUACGAUGAGCUCUGCAACCGCAAACUGCACUUCAGUGUCUACGACUUUGACCGCUUCACCAGUCAUGAUAUGAUUGGCGAGGUGGUGGUGGAUAACCUCUUUGAGCUAUCUGACCUUUCCAGAGAAGUGGUGGUGUGGAAGGACAUUAACACAGCAACUACGGAGAGCGUUGACUUGGGAGAAAUCAUGUACUCCUUGUGCUACUUGCCCACAGCGGGUAGAAUGACAUUAACCGUCAUCAAAUGCAGAAAUCUGAAAGCCAUGGACAUCACAGGCUCCUCAGACCCAUAUGUGAAGGUGUACUUGAUAUGUGAUGGACGGAGAUUAAAGAAGCGAAAAACCACCACCAAAAAAAGCACUCUUAAUCCAGUUUAUAACGAGGCCAUCAUCUUUGACAUCCCACCGGAGAACGUGGAGCAAGUCAGUCUCUCUGUUAUCGUGAUGGAUUAUGAUCGGGUUGGACACAAUGAGGUGAUCGGCAUAUGUCGGGCCGGACUAGAUGCUGAAGGUCUUGGUCGAGAUCACUGGAAUGAAAUGUUGGCUUACCCACGGAAGCCCAUCACACACUGGCAUGCUCUAGGAGAGUGGCCUGGACGUGCAGCAAGUUUUGAGAGUCAAGGUUCAUGCCCUUCACCCAAACUUCCACAGACACCCUGACAGCCCAUUCCAGACGAGUCUCCAUCCAUACUGCAAGACAACAGAAGUCAAGUUGCCUGUUGGUCUCUUGUGAAUAUCUUGUACAUAAAUGGACAUCA